AUGUCUCUUAACAUCCCCAGCGCCCCCAAUGCCGGGUUGUUCAAACAAGGCUACAACAACUACGAUUCCGAAGAUGGCGCCGUCCUACGAAACAUCGAUGCUUGCCGAGCCAUCUCUUCCACCGUCCAGACAUCACUUGGCCCUUAUGGCCGCAAUAAGAUCGUCAUAAACCACUUACAGAAGAUGAUCCUGACCUCCGACGCCGCCACUAUCCUAAAAGAACUCGAUGUUGUUCACCCUGCUGCUAAACUUCUUGUUAUGGCCAGCCAGCAGCAGGAGGCCGAGAUGGGCGAUGCCACCAACUUAGUCAUUAUCCUAGCCGGCGAGCUUCUCAAGAAAGCCGAGGACCUUCUACGCAUGGGUCUGAAAACUGCUGAUAUUGUCACCGGCUAUGAACGCGCUCAGACAUUCGCCCUAGAAGCUCUAGAAGACUUGGCUGUAGACAAAGUCGGGGAUAUCCAGGACCAAGAGGAGCUGAGCAAAGCUAUCCGAACGGUCGUGGCAAGCAAGCAGAAUGGAAACGAAGAGAUCCUAGCUAACCUUGUUGCCGAGGCCGUCUUGGCGGUCAUGCCCAAGAACCCAGUCAACUUCAAUGUCGACAACGUUCGAGUCGUCAAGAUCAUGGGUGGAAGUCUAGAGCAAAGUCGGGUUGUGAAGGGCAUGGUGUUCCCAAGAGAGCCUGAUGGAUCUGUCAAAAAGGCAAAGAAGGCCAGGGUUGGCGUAUUUUCUUGCCCCAUCGACAUAAGUCAGACGGAGACCAAGGGAACCGUCUUGCUCCACAAUGCUAAGGAGAUGAUGGAAUUCUCAAAGGGCGAGGAGGAGCAGCUCGAGACGGCCAUCAAGGAACUCCAUGACGCGGGGAUAAGAGUGGUCGUUGCCGGCUCUACAGUAGGGGAGCUUGCAAUGCAUUACCUCAACCGCUAUGACAUCCUCUGCAUCAAGAUCUUGAGUAAAUUCGAACUACGGCGACUCUGUCGUGUGGUGGGUGCCACCCCUCUAGCGAGAUUAGGCGCUCCAAUGCCGGACGAGACAGGAAAUGUCGACGUUGUUGAGACGCUUGAAAUUGGCGGUGAUCGUGUGACCGUCUUUAGACAAGAAGACGAAGUAACAAGGACAGCUACUUUGGUACUGAGGGGCGCUACCCAAAACUUCCUGGACGAUGUGGAACGAGCAGUUGACGAUGGCGUGAAUGUGGUAAAAGCCAUAACCCGUGAUCCCCGGUUAGUGCCUGGUGCUGGCGCAACGGAAAUCGAGCUAGUUGGACGCAUACAAGCGUUUGGUGAAAAGACUCCUGGUCUACCACAGUACUCUAUCCGGAAAUUCGGCGAAGCCUUUGAGGUUAUCCCACGGACUUUAGCAGAGAGCGCUGGCCUCGAUGCUACAGAAGUAUUGAGCAGGCUUUAUACAGCUCAUCACAAAAAGGACGACUGGACCACUGGCGUCGACAUUGAAAAUGAUGACAGCACCGGUACCCUUGACGCUAAGGAGGAGGGUAUAUUAGACCUCUUGGUCAGCAAAUCCUGGGCGAUCAAACUAGCAACUGAGGCGGCUCGAACUGUGCUCUCGGUCGACCAGAUCAUAGUCUCAAGGCAAGCAGGUGGCCCCAAGCCUCCAGGGCCCAACCCAAACUGGGAUGAGGAUUAA